AUGUAAUAAAGGAAAACAAACAGACCUUCAAACAACUUUUUAGAUGUUUCAACUUAGAAAGAGAUGUUUAGAGUUGGUUUAAAUUAAAUUUAAUAAGAAAAAAUAAUUUUAAAUUGGGAAUAUGUACCACGUGAAAUAAAUAUUAUUUAAUUAGCAUGUACAUAAUAAAAUUGGUUUUGCUUAUCAACAUCAGGAGAUGUUUUUUCAUGGGGUUCCAAAAGUACAUGUUUAGGUAGACAAUGUGAAAGCAUUUAAGAUGCAAGGAAUCCUAUGAAAUUAGAUAGAAUCAACAAAAUCGUUAGUAUUGCAACUGGUUAUAACCAUAUUUUAAUUUUAGACACAUAAGGCUAGGUUUAUACUUGGGGUAAAAACGAAUCGGGAUAACUUGGAUAGAGUGACACAAAACAAUAUGAUGAACCAACUUUAAUACAAACUUUUUAGAAAGAUCCAGUUGUUUAAAUUUAUGCAGGUGGUGAUUGUUCUUAUGCUGUUUCAAGAAGAGGAAAUAUAUAUUCAUGGGGUGAUAAUACAAAUAAUUAACUAGGACAUAGAGAUUAAGAUAUAGUAAUUGAACCAAGGGUAAUGAUGCUCUGUCCUUGGGAUUCAUUAGCUGAAAUAAGAAUAAUUUAUGGAAGAGAUAAUGCUUCAUAUUUAUUUAAUAUUAGCACUGAAAACAUGAUAGAUAAAUAAAAUGAAGCUAAUACAAAAAAAAGCAGUAUUGCAUAAAUAAAUUUGACAAGCAAUAUAUUUUCUAAUUAAACGCUUUAAAAUAAAGAUAAUAAUAAUUAAAACUAAAAUUAAUAUAAUAUGUAUUCCUAAAAUUUAGUUAUAAAAUAAUUGAAUUAUGAAAUUAAUGAUUUAAAAAAAAAAAAUGAAGAAUUAAAAACUAAACUUAAAAAUUUAGAAUAAUAAGAUUACUAAGAAGAUUCAACUUAAAAUAAUGAAAAAAAAGAUUAUAUUUUAAUUAAUAUCAAUUAAAAUUUAGAUGAACUUAACAGAUUGAAAGCAGAAAUUGUAUUUUAUUUCAUAUAUUUUUUAUUUUUUUAUUUUAUAAAAAAAAGGAUUAAAAACUUAGAGGUUUUGAAUAAGAUUGCUAAAGUUAUAUGA